CUUUCUUGUCAGAGUUAUCUCUCUUCUCUUGCGCUUUACUAUCUGCCAAAGUUAUAAAAGAACCUACACAACUCUCUGCAAAAGCCUUUCCAACUUUCUCUUCACAUACUCAAACCCCAAACAACCCCUUAUUAAAAUCAAACCAAAUCCAAAACUAAACUGAUUUGAUUUCUCUCUAUCUUCAUGGACUUCCAUCUGAAGCAAUGGAGAACUCAGCUGCAUGAGUCAGAAGAACAACCUUCUGCAAAAAUGCCAAAACUCCUCAUGGAUCCCCAUCAACCACAUUCACAAAACCCAUCUGCUCCUCUCCCUUUGUUUUUAUCUGAAUCCAACAGUAAAAUCAGUAAUCUGUCAGCACUUUCAGAUUCAACCUCAGCUGCCACCCCCAGAUUUCCCAGGAUGGAAGGGAGUUACUUCAGCUUGGCUCAGUGGCAGGAGCUAGAGCUGCAAGCACUGAUCUACCGAUACAUGUUAGCCGGCGCCGCCGUUCCUCCGGAACUCCUCCAACCAAUCAAGAAAAGCCUUCUUCACUCUCCACCGUAUUUCAUCCAUCACCCACUUCAACAUUAUUAUCAGCCAGCUUUGUUCCAAACAGGGUACUGGGGAAGAGCAGCCAUGGAUCCAGAGCCAGGUCGGUGCCGGAGAACCGAUGGUAAAAAAUGGCGGUGCUCGAGGGACGUGGUAGCCGGCCAGAAGUAUUGCGAGCGCCACGUUCACCGUGGCCGCAACCGUUCAAGAAAGCCUGUGGAAAUCCCCACACCCACAUCAUCCACCACCACUACCACUUCCGUUGGUAUCGGCGGGGGAGUUGCAGGUGGUACUUUCAACAGCACCACAUCCACUGUUGCAACGACGCUAGCAGCGGUCACUAACGGGGCAAGUUUAUCUUUUUCUGGGCAAUCGCCUUCGACAGAUCUCCUUCACCUCAAUAAUGGUUCCUCGGAUUCCAAACCUGAAAUGAAGGGCCUUUUUGGACCCCAAAAUGACGUCGCUAACAGAAACGAUGGUCACAUUCUGAGGCAUUUUUUCGAUGACUGGCCAAGGUCGCUUCAAGAACCAGACAAUGCAGGAAGCAAUGCUAGUCCAGUGAACUCAGCAACCUGCCUCACCAUCUCAAUGCCUGGAAACCCUCCUUCAGAUGUGUCGUUGAAAUUGUCCACAGGCAAUGGAGAGGAACAAACAGGCCCCAGAGGUAAUGAAAGAGAGCAUCCUCAAGUGAAUUGGACUGGUGCAUGGGGGACAACCCAGGUGGCUUCCAUGGGAGGGCCUCUUGCUGAAGCACUGAGAUCCUCUACCUCCAAUUCAUCUCCAACUAGUGUUCUACAUCAGUUACCUCCUGGCUCUGCUUCUGAAACUAGCUAUCUUAGCACUUGAUUCUUCUGUUCUGUAUAUACCUUAAUAAUGGGUUUUCCAUGCUUGUUGGCUGCCAGACAUCCCAAUUUAAUUUUAUUCCACUAUGUAAUAUUUGCACGGCUGGCUAGUGCCGUGGCGGCUACCGUUGAUUGUUCUGUUUGCAAAAUUUUACAUGGAUCUAUUUUGUUCC